AUGCCAGACUCAGAUUCUCGAUCAAACAUAAACAUGAGCGACAAGCUUGAUGAAUCUGUUGGAUCUAAUGUUCAGCAUGGACAUGAGGAAAUAAAAAACAACAACAGGUGCAUUGAAGAUUCCUUGAAUGGAGAUACCAAUGGAAAUAAGGUCCACAGCAAAGAUUCUAGAACCCUGGAGGACACUGGUACUCUGUUGUCUUUUCAGAUUUCUCAGAUUGAGGAACAGGACAAGGUCAUUAUCUGGGGCACAGACUCUCAGUAUGAUGACCCAGAACUGGCAGAGUUUGAGAUGUUGGAAUGCCAGGAACUGGAAGCAUACCUUGUGGAAUCCGGAGACAGUAAUGUAAAACAAGAAAGAGCCAUUCCAGGAACCAACAAAAUUCUUCAAGCUGAGAUUGGUGUUGAAAAAGGUCUAAAGAAUAAAGUCUCCAAACCUGAGAAAAGGGUCCAAGAAACAACCACUUUUAAAGUUAUCAACAAAGACACUGAGGCAUGUGUGUCUAAGACUGAGAACAGCUCUGAAAAUGAUGUAUUUGUUUCCUGUUACUCCACAAUGUCUAGCCUUGCUUCUCAGUCCUGUUUGACUAGCUCUGAUAAGAGCAAACAUUUUCCUCACACUGAUGGAACUCAUGUUGAUCUCAACCUUAACAAUACCUCCUCUGAGGAACCUAUUUUAGAAGCACAAGAAACCCAACCUGUUCAAAUGCCUGAUCAGUUAAAAAACACUGUAACAAAUUGUAACGGCAGCUUUAAAAACAGUAAAGACGAGCACAAUGAUUUAGAAUAUGCCAGCAAAGACAAUGCAGGGCAUCUUGUGGAUGCUGCUCAGGGGCACCAGAUUUUAAUUAGAGAAGAACAUGAGCUUCCAGAUGCAAAAACUAUUACACCACAGCAAAAGUCUGAUGACAUGCACAACAAGAUUGCACAAGAUGUCAGUGAAGAGUUGAAAGGUAACCAGUUCCAAAGGGAGGCAUCUUCAGAUUCAGUUCUCAAAUCCUCAACACCGGACUCAACAGAAACUCCCAGUCAGUGUGCCGUCUCUGAAGCCAGGCUUUACCAAAAACAGGCAUUUUUGGAAAGAACUCGCAAUGCCAGCCCAUCCAGCAUAGAAGGACGGGCACCGUGGUGCAGUUCACCACGCCCUGCUACUCCUCCAUCUUCCAACCACACUGGCUCCCCAAGAAGACAAUCACCUUCUUCACCAGCCCGGACUAUCAGCACAAAAAAUCCAGCCCAUGACCCUUCAGGUUCUCCGCAGAGGUUUACUAGUGGACUUAAGCCACCAAGUAAAAGCUAUUUCAGUAGUGGCAUCCCAAAACCUAUUCCUCCUCAACAGCCAUCUACUGAAACUGAAUCAUUGAAGUCUUCCUCCCCUCAAAAGCCUAAAAACAUCCGUCCAAAGAUCAUAACCUACGUUCGAAGAAGCUCUCCGGUUAAACCACAUACAACGGAGAGUCCAUAUGAAGCAUCUACUUUGCCUUUCAGGAUUACACCAAGCAGUAGCACAUCAACAACAACAGAUCAGAAAGUUGGAAGGUCCAGAGGCUCACCAGAGCUGAGCUCCUAUACUGGCCCAUAUGACAAGUUUGGGCAGGAGACACAGAAGUCUGGAUGUUAUAAUCCAUCUCCUGUAAUGGUUUCUGGAAUUAGACCUUCAAGUCAAACUGUCCCUCACAAAAUGGUGGGGAAGUCUGAAAGUUUCCAUGAAGAGCUUCGAGAUACGUAUUUAAAAGAGGUGGGAAAAAGUGUCCAGGUUGGUGCCUAUGAAAUAGCUGGUGUCUAUCGUUCACCUAGAGCCCUAAAACCUCAGCUUGGCCUUGGAGCUGUAACAAGGCAACCAACAACCAGAAACAGGAUGAUGAUGCCAGCCCAGAGAUCAAUUUCCCCACUAAGCCACUCAGCUUCUGUGGUGCAACCUGCCUACUACUGUCAGGAACCCACUGGUGACCUGAAAAAGCCACUACAAGAGGUGGCUCCCAAGUCUUUCCUGCCAAAAUCUGGUCAGUCUGGCCUAUGCCCACCAGGCUUCUCGCACCUACCAGCUGCUCGCCUCACUGCUUUUGGUUUUGUCCGCAGUGCCAGUGUGUCCUCCACAUCCAGCAGCUAUUCCAAUGAUGGUCGACCCCCAAAUGCAUCUAGAAAGGAGCUCCAGAGAGAUGGAAAUGUCACUCAACCUCCUCUUUCCUCUCCUAAGAGAUUUGCAGUGGUCUCGCCCAAACCUCAGUCCCCUGUACGUCAAAAGUCAUGCGUGGCACGUCUUGGUGGCCGGAUGGAGUGGGCAGAUGCGGAGCGUGAGCGCCUGGCGGUUCAGCGGCUCAGAGAACGUUGUGAUGAUCAGGCCAAGCAGAUAAUUUCCUUACAGACUCAACUGGGAAAGAACUCCCUCUGUACGGUUGUCCUGGCCAUCACCACUCAGCACUUCUGCAAAAAGAGUGAGGAUGGUGUGUUGAAGGAGAGGGAGUUGUCCCUGGAGCUUUCCAGAAUCAGAGAUGAAGUGGUGGACAGUGUGGGUCGAUGGAAGCAACUGCUGGGUGAGAAGGCCGAGUUGGAGCGCAGUUUUGAGCAGCAGUUGAAGGAGCUUAAGGAGAAACAGCAGAAGGAUCUGCAGGAUCUGGAGAAGAGACUGACAGAAGAGCAGCAGAAGGAAACAGAACGUCUGCAGCAACAGCAGAGCAAUCAGCUACAGCAGCUCCGCUCCCAGCACCAACAGCAGGUGGAGGAAAUGAGUGAAAACCAUGAGGCUGCCAUACAGGAAAUGGAGGCAGCUCAUAACGCCACGUUGGCCACUCUACUGGACGAGCAUGCUAGAACGGUCAAGAACUUAAAGAUGGCACAUGAACAGCAAAAGAAAUCCCUGGAGGAAGAUUUUGAGAAACUUAGACUGUCACUGCAGGAUCAGGUAGACACUCUGACGUUUCAGAACCGCAGUCUGCGAGAUCGAGCUAAGCGAUUUGAAGAGGCACUACGCAGAAGUACAGAUGAACAGACUGUGGAAGCUUUGGCCCCAUAUCAGCACAUAGAGGAGGAUCUAAAGAGUCUCAAAGAGGUUGUAGAAAUGAAGAAUCAGCAGAUUCACCAACAAGAAGUGAAGAUAUCCGAGCUGGAGAAACUGGCCCAGAAGAAUGUCAUGUUAGAGGAGCGAGUUCAGGUUCUACAGCAGCAGAAUGAGGACCUUAAAGCCAGGAUAGACCUUAACCUUGCAGUGUCCAGGCAACUGUCAGAAGACAAUGCUAACCUGCAGGAAUAUGUGGAAAAGGAGAGUAACGAGAAGAAGCGAUUAAGUCGCACUAAUGAGGAGCUGCUCUGGCGACUGCAGACUGGCGAGUUGAGCCCACGAAUGUCACCCAACCAAUCACCGCUUCAUCGAUCCUCCUCAGGCGCUGGCUCACCAUCCCAUCUUCCACCUUUUCCUAGAUGAGGCCCCUCAUACGUCCCUGUUUCCUACACUUUUUUUUCUUCAAACAUCAACCUCCGCCUCCCAAGAACACACACUUUUAUCAGAAAUAGGUGCAAGCAGGCUCCUAAGGUGCUUUCUGCGGUGGAAUUGUACUUUCUGGACAUGAGUUUGGAAAUAGCUAUUACUGUAAAUGGGUGCUUAUUACAUCAGGUGGCUCAGGAAGAGAGUGUCUGGAUUCAAACAUCUGUCCCAGUGCUAUACAGUCUGUGUUAUUAUAAUUAUAUAUAAAG